CGGUAGUAAUUUGUGGAGUAGUUACACGAAGUGACUUGACGUGCUGGAAAGGAUCCUUAUCCUUAUCUCAUCCCUUGCGAGCGGAAUCAUCAAUGUUGACUAUACUAAUGGCUGCGAGAACCUUCGAUACCAGAAAUAGUACUCUGUUGCUGCCUGAGGACACCGCGGGCUGGUCUGACGUCAUCCUCAGGCGCCGAGGCCCCAACACAACCCCGGAUUCUCGUCAACUCCUCAACUUCCCCUCACAUCCCUCCCAGAUCUCGUGCAAUGGCCUUUGCUCGUAGAUUAGCGAUCCUCCCUGGAGGUCUAGGCGGCCUCGGCUCCAGCAUCGGCAAGCGACUCCGCGAACAAGGAGCCCGCCUGGCCGUUCUGUACGCGCCAUUCGAGGCCUCUCGGCGAGACCAGCUCCUCUCAGAAGGCUACGGCGCCACUCACAACCGCGAUGAGAUCCGCGCCUACGAAUGCGACAUCACGUCACCAGAGUCCGUGCAAUCGGCCUUCACCACGCUCGAGACAGAAAUGAUAUCGCCGUCUUCAUCCUCUGUCUCCGAUCGCGUCUUCCCCAGCAUCCUCGUCAACACCGCUGGCUACGUCUCUCUCAGCGACAUGGAACUCACCCCGCCCGACGAAACCACGAAACAUCUCACCACGAACGUCCUAGGGCCUAUGCUCUGCUCUCAAGCAUUUGCGAAACUCUACUUUGCUGCCUCGAAAGCCGCGGAGUCCUCGACCAGCCCGCCUGCUCCUGGACGGAUCGUUAACAUUGCGUCCCAGGCUGCCCAUGUUGCAUUACAUCGGCAUGGCGCGUACUGUGCAUCCAAGGCGGCUUUGCUUGGUCUCACGCGCAGCAUGGCCUCUGAGUGGGGAGGUCGCGGGAUUACGACGAAUAGUGUUUCGCCGACGGUGGCGUGGACGGCGCUGGGGAAGAAGGCCUGGGGCGAGGACUCGGUUCGAGAGGCAUUCUUGAAGAAUAUCCCGACGGGGAAGUUUGCGUUGCCGGAGGAGGUGGCGGAUGCGGCGGUUUUCUUGUGCCAGGACUCGAGUGGGAUGAUUAAUGGGGCUGAUAUUCGUGUUGAUGGGGGGUAUACUAUUCGGUGAUAGGUUUGGUUUCUAUGGAAAUGGAUAAUGAACUAUUUCUUGCCGUCUUGAAAGAGCUGCUAUAUAUGCAUUUACCUCUUAGCCCAACUAGAAGACAUUGCCAUAUCCACACAUCCAACACGUGCUGUCACUCAAUCAUUCGGCAUAAAUCAUAACCGUACUAGACAAUCUCAGUCGUC